GUCGGUACACAUUAAUCGGUAAACAUGUAUUGUUUUGCGAUUUUCUUCGCUCUUCUCACCGUAGCCGUCGUUCGGUUCUACGUGCAACGUAGAAAGAUUCAUCAAUUCAGCAAAUUCUUCGCCGGUCCGAAGCCAACUUUUCCGCUGGGUAACAUGCUGGAGUUUCAAACAGACGUCCCGGGAAUUUUCAAACGAAUGGUACAAUUUCACGAGGAUCAUGGACCGGACAUUGUGACCUGGGGAGUUGGAAACGACAUAAUGUUGAAUGUGAGCAGUUCAAACGGCAUUGAAAAGGUACUUAUGGCUAAGGCUACACAGAAAUCAGUGAUCUAUGACUUCAUCGAACCUUGGCUUGGCAAGGGAUUGUUGAUUUCAUCCGGAGAGAAGUGGUUCCAAAGGCGAAAGAUUAUCACGCCGACGUUUCAUUUCAAAAUAUUGGAAGGAUUUGCUGAGGUGUUCAAUCGAGAGGCGAAUAUUUUGAUGGAGAAAUUGAAGGUGCACGAAGGUGGAGAAGAGUUCGAUAUCUACGACUAUAUCUCGCUGUACGCAUUGGAUAGCAUCUGUGAGACGUCGAUGGGUGUUCGAAUUAAUGCGCAGGGUGAUCCAGACAACCGCUACGUACGCGAUGUGAAAAGAAUGACGGAGCUGAUUUUGCUCCGAAUUUUCCAUAUGUUGAGUGUAUUUCCUAUUUUGUAUUGGUAUCUGAUUCCGAAUGCCUGGGAGCAACGGAAACUCAUUCGUCGACUGCAUCAGUUUACCGAUUCAGUGAUACAGAAGCGGCGAGAGCAACUCAAAGAUGAGCACCAGCUCAGAGUGGUUGAGUUUGACCUAAACGAAGCAGACAUGUAUGCAAAGCGGAAGCAAACUUUCUUGGAUUUGCUUUUAAAUGUCACCGUCGAUGGGAAACCUUUGAGCAAUGUGGAUAUCCGCGAAGAAGUGGACACGUUUAUGUUUGAAGGUCACGACACUACGACCUCCGGAAUAGCAUUUACAAUUUUGCAAUUAGCGAAACAUCAAGAUAUUCAGGAGAAGCUCUACCAAGAAACCCUUUCCGUUUUGGGCAGGCAUGAUUGCAAGACCACCCCUCUUACUUAUAACAACAUUCAAGACUUCAAAUAUCUGGACAUGAUAGUAAAGGAAUCCUUACGGUUGUUGCCCCCUGUAUCGUUCAUCGGUCGUAAGCUGGUGGAAGCUACGGAAAUCAAUGGGACGAUUAUUCCAGCCGGAGUUGAUGUCACAGUUCCCAUCUACAUGGUACAUCGCAAUCCAAAAGUCUAUCCAGAUCCAGAACGAUUUGAUCCGGAACGGUUUGCUGAGGAUGCAGAGAACUUGCGCGGUCCCUAUGAUUAUAUUCCAUUCAGCGUCGGGUCUCGGAAUUGUAUCGGUCAAAGGUAUGCCUUGAUGGAGCUGAAAGUGGCCAUUAUUCGGUUGGUUGCUCACUAUCACGUACUUCCUGGCGCAAAGGUUCCCAGUAUUCGAUUUAAGACCGAUCUGGUGCUACGACCGGAAGGAGGAAUACCAAUUAGAGUAGUUUCAAGGAAUUAAAUUACGUCAAAUAGU